AUGAAUGCUGUUCGGCGCCGUGUGCGCGCCGCCAAAGCUGACGUCCAGGCCAAGCGCCACAAAGAGGGAUGGAUCCUCGCGCGCCAGCCGAUGACGUUUGCCGACAACACCACCUGGAGCAACCGCGACUCGGACGUCACGCCCCUCGACCAGCGCACGUGGACCGCGUGGACGAUUGUGGGCUACUGGUUCAGUGAUGUGCUGUGCGCGCAAAGCUGGAGUGGCGCGUCGGCUAUUAUCGCGGUCGGCCUGACAUGGCGCGAGGCUACAUAUUGCUUGAUUCUGGGCACGCUCACGCUAGCAGCACCACUGUGCCUCAACGGUGCCGCCGGCGCCGAGCUCCACGUGCCGUUCCCGAUUGUAGCCCGGUCAAGUUUCGGCUUUCUGUUUAGUCGCUUUGCCAUUGUCAUCCGCAUGGUGACCGCAUUGUUCUGGCAUGGCAAGUCACAUCUUUCUCCCAUGCAAUGUCAGACUCCAACUAUGUCUUGCUAUCAUUAA